AUGGCUGCCUCCGGAAGGAUUGCCAUCGUCAGGACACCUGGUAGAAAACGACUCUAUUCAAUUAUAGACAUACAUAGAAUCUUUGGAGACAACCAACAGACACAGUUCACGCAAAAGGCCAAGAUCUGCUAUGCCAGAGUCAGUCCAGAACAUCAACGAGACGACCUUGAACGACCAAUCGAAAAUCUCCGACAACACUACCCAGAAUAUGAAAUUGUUAACUAUAUCGACUCAGGACUCAACUGGAAACGCAGGGGAUUUGUUGCCCUUCUGGAACGAAUACACGCAGAAAGAAUCGAGAAAGUGGUGGUUACCCAAAAGGACCGAUUGUGUCGUUUCGGAUCCGAGCUUGUGGAAUGGAUCUUUGAGAAGAAUGGGACUCGGCUCAUGAUACUCGGUACAGAUGUUAGUGCCGAGAAUAAUGAAGUCGGAGACUUGCUCUCAAUCGUUACGGUAUUUGUGGCAAGACAUAACGGAAUACGCUCAGCCGCCAACCGCAGAAGAAGACGAGAAGCUGCCCAAGCUCAAGAAGAUCAAGAGUUCCAAGAACCCAGCAGGCAAGACACAACGUAUCCGUCUCUUUCCUACACAAGAAGAGCGGUUGAAAUUCAGAUAAUGGAUAGGGACAGCACGCUGGACGUACAAUCAAUGCCUUAUCGCAGUCAAAAAGAAGGCAAGUCUCGUGGUGAAUACGCAUUUCUUCAUAAAAUCAAGUCAGCAGAACCUCUUCCAAAUCAACUUGAAUAUGAUAGUCAUCUUGUUGUAAAUCGCCUUGGGGUGAUUGCUCUGGAUCCAGGCGUGCGUACAUUCAUGACUGGCUAUGAUCCAAGUGGAAUAGCUAUUGAAUGGAGAAAAAAUGAUAUCAGUAGAAUUUAUCAGCUUUCACAGAUAUAUGACAAAAUCCAAAGCAAACAUGACUCUAUUCAUGGAAAAGUUCGUGAGCAUCCGUGGUGUCAGGUAAUGGUAUGCAUUGAAGAAUAUACUAGUAAGGCAUGUGGGUGCUGUGGCCAUAUCCAUCAAAAACUGGAUGGAUCCAAAGUGUUUCAUUGCCCCAGUUAUACAACUGAGCUUGAUCGGGAUAUCAACGGUGCUCGCAAUAUACUACUUCGUUAUCUCACCCUGUUACAUCCCAACCAAAAUCAAGAGUCGGUUUAUGCCGGCGCUGGGACCUAUCCCCUAGGAUCUUGA